UGUCAAGCAUUCAGUUACCAUGGGUUACCCUAUCAGCCAGGGGACCGGGGACCUCCCCUUCCCAAGUGCUCUAUAAAAAGGAUCUGUCACGGAAAACAAAAAUCCCCCAACAAAGCUGCCGCCGCCGCCGCUGCCUCCGAAAGCAGCCCAGGAAGGAAACUUCAGCACCUCCAAGAGAAGGAGCGGAGCGGAGCAGCAUGCCUUCCCGGCUGCGGUGUCACUUCGUCUUGCUCGUCUUGGCAGCCCUCGAAGGAGAAAGCAGGUACCUCGAGGUGAGGGACGGAGGAGAGGACGAGCCCUUCCUGCUACUCGACGCCCAGAUGAAGCGGGAACUCUCGGGCGGCCAGAUCUACCGCCGGGCGCUGCGAUGCCUUGACAUGCUGAGUAUAGAGGGACAGUUCAUUUUCACUGCAGAACAGCCCCAACUGCACUGUGCUACUUUCUUCAUAGCAGACCCUGAAGAGUUAAUUACCAUAGACUUUGACUAUGUCAACAUUGACUGUCAAGCAGGAGAUUUCCUGAAGGUGUUUGAUGGCUGGAUAUUAAAAGGAGAGAAGUUUCCUAGUUCUUUGGAUCAUCCUCUCCCCACCUCCGAAAGAUAUGUAGAUUUUUGCAAUGGUGACCAUGUCAGAAGCACCAUCAAAUCUUCACAGAAUGUCGCCAUGAUUUUCUUCAGAAUUCAUGACCCUGGAAAUGGAUUUGCGUUAACAAUAAAGAAAAAAACCAAUCUUUUCCCUUGCAAUGUCAUCUCUCAGACUCCUGCUGGAAGGUUUACCAUGGUCAUUCCUCAUCAGCACAGAAACUGCAGUUUUUCCAUAAUAUACCCUGUGGUAAUAAAAAUAUCUGAUCUGAUACUGGGACAUUUGAAUGGGCUCCGCUUAAAGAAACCUGCUGCAGGUUGUGGAGGAAUGGGAGAUUUUGUGGAACUGUUGGGUGGAAAUGGUUUAGACCCCUCAAGGAUGUUCCCUGUAGCUGAUCUUUGCCACUCCUUCCAUGGCCCUGCUCAAAUGAAGAUUGGCUGUGACAACACAGUGCUACGAAUGGUCUCCAGCGGCAAACAUGUCAAUCGUGUAACAUUUGAGUACCAUCAGCUCGAGCAACACGAGGAGGCAAACAGAGAGGAGAACAGCCUUGAAGAAUUCUGUUUCUCCAGUAUUUGAGAACCAGACAAGUAACUCCUGCUUGCUAUUUACUGUUAAUGUUGAGCGACAACUUUAAGAAACCUUUCUAAUGUAUAAACACCUACCUUUCAUACUAAACUAUUAUUUCCACGAAUCAAAUAGUAUUAACCUUUGGCAUUUAAAAUACAUUGUCCUCCUUUGUCUGUUAGUGUCUUUAGCGAAAACAAAGUCAUGCACAUGCACCCCAGAUCAGGGCAAACGUUCCAAGGCAAAUGUUCUUUUAUUUCCAAUACUUGCAGCACUUUUUGUAAUAAUUUAGAAUGCAAGUGGAAAAUGUGGAAGGCUGUAAAGUUCAUUUAGCAACUUCCCCUCUUUUGCAUCAUUUGCAAAUAUAAAAAAAGAUGCAUAUGGUAAAAUUACAAUUCAGUUUUAUAAAAAAAAUUGGCAUUGUGUUUUAUGAUGUAUUAAUGCAAAUGUAUAGUUGUUUGUUUUUAAUAACAUUAAUAGCAUGAAAAGAUUUUUCCUUCUACAGGUCCAGACAUAAAUAAACCCAUCAAAACUAUU